AGGAGGUGUGCAUACACUAGCUGAAGUAAACAAUAUUGUUUACAAAAUGACCAAAGCGAAUAAAACGCCGCAAAAAGCAAGUGAACCGAAUAUAAAUGGUUCCUUCACACCAGUUCGAUAUUUGGACAGCCAGCGCCUGCAAUCGCCCACGAGUCACGAUGCGAAUUUAGCCACCUGCAAAACCAGAUUGGAAACAAUAGUCAAACAACUCCAGGAUAACUACGCUAAAUGGCAGCUGGCCCAUCAGCGGGGCACCUCUAUUUGCUAUACUAUCGAAGCCAAGAAGACCAAGUGUCUGGAGAAAAGCCAGGAUGAAGGCAGCUCCCUUUACCCAGAUGAUCUCCUACUUCCCUGCAACAAGUUGGCCAUCAUAGCCUCUAUUUUCGGGGAUAUCGCAAAUAAUACAAAGGAGAUACUAAGACAACUGAGAGGCAUAUUAAAAUUACCGGGAUCUGCAGCGGAUACGAUAUUCUACAGGUCCUGGAAGUUGCAGCAAUUCGUGGUUUUCGCGAAGGAGCUAUCCGAAAGAUAUGAGAAGGAGGCUCUGGUCAAAAUGGAAGUUGCCGGUAACAUUGCUCACUCGACUGAAAGAAGCCAGCUCAUUGCGCACACAACUUUAUGGGAAUUUCCCGAGCACGUGGACUCCUAUGUCCAUCUGGGGUUUCUUCUCCUUGCCGAAGAAGUCAGUUUAAGGCAAUAAAUUAAACAAUUUUUCAACUU